GUACACUGCAGUGGUCAUGCCAGUUCACUACCAACACGGCACGGGACAGAGCUCCUGUCGACGUGUGGCCCUCAUGAUUACAGCCGUCUGGGUCCUGGCCUUUGCUGUGUCCUGCCCGCUCCUCUUCGGCUUUAACACCACAGGAGACCCCAGUGUCUGCUCCAUCUCCAACCCUGAUUUUGUCAUCUACUCUUCAGUGGUGUCCUUCUAUCUGCCCUUCGGAGUGACUGUCCUCGUCUAUGCGAGGAUCUAUGUGGUACUGAGACAGAGGAGACGGAAGCGGAUUCUCACUCGACAGAACAGUCAGUGCAUCAGUGUCAGGCCCAGCUUCCCCCAACACUCUUCCUGUCUUCGGCUGCACCCCAUUCGGCAAUUUUCACUAAGGGCCAGAUUUCCAUCAGAUGCCACAGGGAAAAUGGGACAUUCAGAAGAUAAGCAAUAUCCCCAGAAAUGUCAAGACCCUCUCUUGUCACACCUGCAGCCCCUCUCCCCUGGCCGGGCACACAUGGGGCUGAGGCGCUACUAUAGCAUCUGCCAAGAUACAGCCUUCGGGCCACCAGGCUUCCAUGAAGGAGAAGGAGAGUUGAAAAAGGAUGCAAGCACUCGAAACUCCCUCAGCCCCACCAUGGCACCCAAGCUCAGCUUAGAGGUUCGAAAACUCAGUAACGGCAGGUUGUCAACAUCCCUGAAACUGGGGCCCUUGCAACCUCGGGGAGUGCCACUUCGGGAGAAGAAGGCAACCCAGAUGCUGGUCAUUGUGCUUGGGACCUUCAUUGUCUGCUGGCUGCCCUUCUUUUUGACCCACGUCCUUAAUACCCACUGCCCAGCAUGCCACGUGUCUCCAGGGCUUUACAGAGCCACAACAUGGCUGGGCUACGUGAACAGCGCCCUCAACCCUGUGAUCUAUACCACCUUCAACAUUGAGUUCCGUAAAGCCUUCCUCAAGAUCCUGUCUUGUUGAAGGAAAGGAGAGAACACCUCCUAUGUCCACCUUUAGCUGCCAUGCCAUUGGGCCACUGGCCAGGGCCUGCUCCUAAAGACUCUGCCAUGACCUCUGGCAUGUAAUAGGAAGAAGAUUGCUGGAGCCAGGAUGUCUCUGAGUGGCACAUGCAAUCAACUGCUUCCUGCAAAACAGAAUGGUCUACCUCCCCAGCUAAAAUCUGACUUCAUCUUGGUAAUCUUCAAAUGGUUGGAAGGCCCCUGAGUGAUAAGCAAUAAUUCAGAAAGAAGCUGAUAAAACGUGACUCUAUGCAUACACAUAAUUAUCAUCAGAGGCAUGAUCCAUUACAGUGAAGGAAAAAUGAACAGAUCUCAUAAUUCUCAACUUGCCAGGAGUCCUUGAAAUGUCAGCCAGUGAGCCAUCUUGCAGAACAGACAGCCUUUCUUCCUUCAAACCUCUAAUUCACUGUCAGGCUAACCUUGUACUGAUAUGAGCCCACUCCUUUUUGGUUAUUCCUUUCAUUCAUUGUAUCCUGAAAUAUAAUGGCAAGGCCAAUGCUGCUACCUCUUUAUGGGAUCUGUAGAGACAUCACUCACCCUGAAAGAUACAUUGUCCCACAUUGGGACCUAAGCUUCAUUUCAAACCUCGCUACCCCUAUAUUUUAGCUCUAGCUAUGAGAUCCUUUGAUUCCAUCCCCUUACACUCAAAGAGUCUCAACACCAGAGUAAUUCAAGAUGGGGGUGUUAAGUGAAAAAGGAAUGACAAUCCCAUUGUAGUAUUGUUCUUGAACCUUGUGGUUCAGAACAUGCCUUAGAUAUGCUUUUCAUAAUGCUACAAGGUUUUCCUCCCCAGGCAUCUCCAUCUCCUGUGUAACAGAGACCCAGUACUUUCAGACUCUAAAACUCAUUAAGUAUUAAGUGUCUGCAAAGUGCCUGUUACCUCCCAGGUUCUGCAUAUAUGACAAUGAAUAAUACAGAUCCUGUCCUCAAGGAGUUUGCCACCUGCUCCUGUGUUUGCCCAUUUACUUGUAGAAGAAGGUAGGGACUCGCCUAGACCACGGAGAACCUCGGAACUGAAGCACCAGGCAGGGAAGCUGUCCAAAACCAUCACAUGGAAAGUGUUUGUAAAGCCCUAGCACAGAUCCUAAACAUCACCAUUCCAACAACUGAGAUUAAAGGUAUCCUAUAUAAUAAAAGGCUAAUACGCAUCAACCGAAUGG